AUGUUAGAAUUUGCUAAAGAAGAAAUUAGUGCUUUUUUAAAUAAGAAUAAUAUAAAGGAAUUGUUAUUUGUACCUUUUGCUCAAAACAACUUUGAUGAUUAUACCAACAAAAUUAAAGGAAUUAUAGAUCAUUGGGGAUUCUCUGUAACUGGAUUGCAUACUUAUCCAGAACCUAAGAAAGCAGUUAGCUCUGCUAAGGCAAUCUUCAUUGGUGGUGGAAACACAUUUUUACUCCUUGAUAGGUUAUACACUCACAACUUAGUUGAUCUUAUAAAGACCAGAGUGCUUGAUGGAAAAUUAGCUUACAUAGGAAGUAGCGCUGGAACAAAUGUAGCUACUAAAAGCAUUCAUACAACAAAUGAUAUGCCUAUAAUAUAUCCACCAUCUUUUGAAGCCAUUGGAUUGGUGCCUUUUAAUAUCAAUCCUCACUAUACUGAUAAGAAUGAAAAUGAAAUGCAUAAAGGUGAAACUAGAGACCAGAGAAUUAGCGAAUAUAUUAGCAUGCCUCAUGCAAAUCCAGUUUUAGGAUUAAGAGAAGGUUCUAUAUUACAUGUAGAUGGUAAUUCAUUAAUUCUCAAAGGAGUUGCUGGUGCUGUCUUGUUCCAAAAGGGAGGAAAGAAAACAGAAUAUAGUGUUGGACAAAAUAUAUCAUUUUUAUUGGAAGAACAGAAAAGUUAUUAA